ACACCACAGUUCGUUGCAGUGUAAUAAACAACGGAGUGAUAUUUCGAACGGGACUCAAAUUACGGAAAUGCAAUAAAAUGUUAAAGUUAACAAAAUUCGUAGUGCUUUUGCUUUUGGCUGUAUCCUUUCAAAGUUCGUCGGGAUGUAAACGAGUCGAGGAGUCGAAUAAAUUUGCCAAUACGGAUAUAUCGGUGAAAUUGAAAAGAUCCGGAAAGUUACAAUAUGAAUUAGUAAAAGGUUCCAACAUUUUACAUACUGUCACCUUUGACAACUUCAACACCAACAAUGAUUUGAUUAUGACAUCCAAGGGGACAAUACAGAUAAGUGAUGGCAAGGAAACUAUUGAAUUCGAAUUGGUUACAUCGGAUAGCACAGUAACCCACAUUCGAGUAAUUCGCGAAAAUUUGCCCAAUAAUGGCGAACCAAAAGAUUGUUUCGAUUUAGAUAUGGCAUCAACACAUUGGUACGGCGGACCCGAAGAUCGUUAUCAAUAUUAUCCCGUGGAACGUUUAACUUUUGAAAAUUAUUCCUAUGUCACGAAGGAAGAUCAUAAUGCUGGCGUAGCCGAACGUUAUUGGCUAAAUUCAAAUGGUGUUUUCAUUUUUGUUGAAACCGAAACGCCAUUGUUUAUAAAUCAAAAUGCUCCAGGCUAUGAGAACAAAUUGUGUUUAUCGGCUCGCAACAGUUUGCCAUAUAACAGCCGGGCCACAGGUCGUAGUUUUGUUUAUCACAUCGGUGUGGCGGAUAAUGCCAAAACGGCGCAUAUGCAUGCUGUGGAAACGUUGCUGGGACAUCCUACGAGCUAUCCGGACGAGCGAAUGGUCAAAUAUCCCAUAUGGUCGACAUGGGCAUUGUACAAGGCAGAUAUAAAUGAUCAAAUUGUACGAGAUUUUGGCGAUGCAAUUUUGAAAUAUGGCUUUGAAAAUAGCCAGCUGGAAAUCGAUGAUGACUGGGAGGAUUGUUAUGGUGCACUGACAUUCCGAAAAUCGAAGUUUCCAAAUAUUAAACAGUUGACAGAUGAUUUAAAGGCCAAAGGAUUCCGUGUUACACUGUGGAUACAUCCCUUCAUUAACAAGAACUGUGAACCCACCUAUAGUGAUGCUCUUAACAAGGGAUAUUUAGUUCUAGAUCACAAGGGAAACCCAGAUACCCAAUGGUGGAACAGCAAAACCGGUGAAGCCGCCUACGUUGACUUUACCAAAACCGAGGUCCAGGAAUGGUUUAAAAAACGCUUGCAACGCCUACAAACCGAAGAUGGCAUUGACAGCUUUAAAUUUGAUGCGGGUGAGACAAGUUGGGUACCCAGUGAUCCUGUGCUUAGCGGCGACGAACAUAUGUCGCCACAUCAAAUUACCGAACAAUAUGUACGCACUGUGGGCUCCUUUGGUCCCAUGGUUGAAGUGCGUUCCGGCCAAGGUACUCAAGAUAUGGCCAUUUUUGUUCGUAUGAUCGACAAAGAUUCCGAAUGGAGUUGGAAUAAUGGUCUGCUAACUUUGAUUACAACUCUGUUGCAAUUGAACAUGAAUGGUUACCCGUUUGUUUUGCCCGAUAUGAUUGGUGGAAAUGGUUAUAACAAUAAACCACCAACCAAGGAGCUAUUUAUUAGAUGGCUUCAGGCCAAUGUUUUUAUGCCAAGUCUGCAGUUCUCUUUUGUGCCCUGGACAUUCGACGAGGAGACCAUUGAGAUUAGUAAGAAAUUUACCAAAUUGCAUGCGGACUAUACACCGCAGAUAAUGGAUCGUUUUAAACUGGCUGCCAGCACCGGAGAACCGGUUAACCCACCUCUAUGGUGGGUGGAUCCCGAGGAUAAAACUGCCCAGGGAAUCUGUGAUCAAUUCCUCUUGGGCGAUAGCAUCAUUGCAGCUCCCAUUAUCAGAGAGAAUGAAACCAAACGUGACAUUUAUCUACCCAAGGGUACAUGGAAGGAUGGUAAUUCCGAUACUGUUCACACUGGUCCCAUAUGGAUAAUGGAUUAUCCAGCCCCAUUGGAUACUUUGCCAUAUUUCAUAAAACAAGCUUAAGUGUCAGAUGUUUGUUUGAAAUGUCAAAUUUUUUUGAGCAAAAAUAUGUAAAUUAUGUAAA